CGGACUCCGGACGCGCUCACGGACACGAACGGGGCUUUUCUUCCUCUCUGGUCAUCGUCGGAGCAGCAGCAAUCACCGGCGUUGAGAAGGCGGCGGGGCUACGAAUCAGUGAGCUGGAGGUCUUGACCAUGGAGGCGGAGGUGCAAGCGCGCGAGGAGGUGGAGGAGGAGGAGGAGGAGGUGGCGUGCGAGUGCUGCGGGUUCACGGAGGAGUGCACGGCGCCGUACAUCGCCGGCGUGCGCGCGCGGUACGGCGGGCGGUGGAUCUGCGGGCUGUGCGGGGACGCGGUGGCCGAGGAGAUGUGCAGGGCCUCGCCGCCGGUGUCGCCCGCGGAGGCGCUGGACCGCCACGCCUGCGUGUGCGGCGAGGGGCGCCGCGCGUCCGCUCCCCCGUCGCCCGGCGACGAGCUCAUCGCGGCCCUGCGGCUGCUGCUCCGCCGCAGGCUGGGCUCGCCGUCGCCGCCGAGGCUGGUCCGCUCCACGCCGAGCAGCCCGAGGCGCGACGCCGUGGCCCCCGCCGCGGCCGCGGGCGCCGGGCCCGGCGCCGGCGGCCCGCUCGCGCGCACCGAGAGCUGCUUCGCCGCGCUCGUGGAGUAGCGAGCGUCCAAGAGGCCCAAACCGAGGCCUCCCCGGAAAAUCAAAAAAAGAACCUGAUGGUAGUCUCUUCUUUAGUUUCCUUUUUUGCAAUUUUCCUUCGUCCUCUGUAAAUAUGCAUGCCAUGUAAUGAUCCCGUUUCUAGCUUAGGAUGAUGCAGCCGUGAGAGGAAUAAAACCAAUGUGUACAGAGUGAAUACAGUAACAAAAAAUAUGACCAAAUGGAAGUGGAAGUAAUUCCAUGUGUUUAUCAUCA